AUGGAGCUCGCAACGGAUCCCACGAUGGAGCUGGUCGAGUUCAAAUGGGGCAGCGGCGGCAGCGGCAGCGUAUCAUCGUCGUCUUCUGCACCUAAGCCGAAGCGGUCUUGCCUCAAGAACAAAUCGACCGACCCGAAUCACAAGUACCUUGGCAGUGAUUCCCCUGGCUACUUCUACAAAGGCUCCUGGCACGACGAAAUCGGCUUCGUGAAGAAGUACUUUCGCAAAUUUCACCACAGGGGACAGAUGGCGGCAUACAGGGAUCGAGUUCACGCAGAGAACGCGGAGGCAGAGCUUGCCAGGAGCAACAACAAAGACACGGACGUCACCAUGAGCAAUCACACCAUCACCAAGCCCACCGUUCGUUUCUCAGAGCCCUCGGAGAUAACGUACUACUGCUACGAACCCGAGGAGGCCAUGGCCGAGUGUCCUGGCUACAUGACGUCCAACAGACGCGCGUGGGCAGAGGUCUCGUUUGAGCCUGGCCACCAGAUCAAGCUGGAUGCCCGUGUCCGAGUGUGGUAUCAUUUUCGUAAGCGGAAGAAUGAAGUGUUCUACUACGGGGAGGGCUAG